UCUCUCCUCUAACUUCCAUCAUCUUUUCCAUAUCCCGCAGUGAGAAAUAAUCAGUCCACUCUCUCUGAUCUCUCUCAGCGAAAUGGCAAAAAGGCUAGAUGGGAAAGUGGCAAUCAUCACCGGAGGGUCAAGCGGGAUCGGAGCAAGUGCUGUGCACCUCUUCCAUGAAAACGGCGCCAAGGUUGUCAUAGCCGAUAUUCAAGACACAAUGGGACAAGCCAUUGCCGACAAGCUUGGAGAAAAUGUUAGCUAUAUCCAUUGCGACGUGGCAAAUGAAGACGAAAUCUGUAAUCUCAUUGACACCACAAUUUCCAAACACGGACAGCUUGAUAUAAUGUACAACAACGCAGGCAUCGUGGACAUCCCCUUCAUGAAUAUUCUGGAAAGCAAGAAAUCGGAUCUAGAGCGAGUUCUCAACGUUAACUUGGUUGGAGGUUUCCUAGGAGCUAAACACGGCUCAAGGGUGAUGAUUCCGCGGGGUAAAGGCUGCAUACUUUUUACCGCUAGUGCUGCUACAGCAAUUGGGGGGCUUUCAUCUCAUUCUUAUGCAGCGUCCAAAUGUGGAAUUUUGGGGCUUGCAAGGAACUUGGCAGCUGAGCUUGGGCAACAUGGUAUACGUGUAAAUUGCGUGUCGCCUUAUGCCGUCAUCACUGGUAUAUUAGGAGGUGUCAAUGAAGCUGACGUACCCCAAAUGGAAGCGGCGGUGAGUGAGGUCGGCAAUCUGAAGGGACAGAUUCUCAAGGCAGAAAGUGUUGCACGUGCGGCACUCUACUUGGCCAGCGACGAAGCUGAUUAUGUGAGUGGGCUCAACCUUUUGGUGGAUGGAGGGUACAGUGCGGUGAAUCCUAGCAUGAUGAACUUUCAAAGCUCGUUUAUGAAUAUUUAAGAUAUUAAUUAGCUUUAAUUACUUGACUUGCGAUGCUUACGGCAUGGUGUCUAGAUUUUAGUGCAUGUAUUUCAUUAUGCGAAUAAAUAUUAAAGUGUGGUAGAUAGUGUUGAGGUCUUUUGAGGAUGAUCUCUUACUGUUUGUGGAUAAGAUUUUGGGCAUAUUUAUAAAGAAUAAACAACCUUACUUUAUUGAAUCGGUUU